AUGGGUGGCGUAGACAGAGCAGGUGGCAAGGCGAAGCCUCUCAAGGCACCAAAGAAGGCGCCAAAGGCCGAGUUGGAUGACGAGGACAAAGCUUUCCAAGAGAAGCAGCGCGCUGAUGCGAAAGCCAAGGCUGAGCUCGCCGCGAAGGCAAAGGGAAGCAAGGGACCCCUCAACACUGGCGCACAAGGAAUCAAGAAGAGCGGAAAGAAGUGA